AUGCGCCGCGCCGGCUGCAGUGCCCAGCGGCGGGUCCGUGGACGUGGCCGAGUCGUCAGACGAGGAGCUGCUUGCAGCACCUGGCGGCGCGCCCGAGGCCGCGGGCGUCUCGGCGGCCGCGGCCACAGCCGACGCGGUCGGCGCAGCCAGCGGGGUGGAGGCGCCAACGGCAGGCGGUGGGGCGGCACAGCCGCCGAAGGCAAAGGCCAAGGCGCCCGCGAAGGCCAAGGCCAAGGCCCCCGCGAAGGCAGGGGCGCCGCCCGCGGCCGCGGCCGGGCGCCAGCGGCGGCGGCGGGCAGUGGGGCGGCACGGCCGCUGGCCAAGGCGCCGCCGCAGAGGGCCGAGGCGCCCGCGAAGGCCGCGGCGCCGCCUCCGGCCGGGGGGGCAGGCGAGGCCGAGGAGGAGGAGGAGGACGAGGUCCUCUCUGCGGCGCCCGCCCCAGCGCCGCCGGGGCCCAAGGCCGCAGGCCAGCCCCUGCCGUGCAAGCGCGCAGCCGCCCCGGAGGGCGCGGCGCCCGCGGUGCCCGCCGAGGGGCCCGCCAGGAAGGCCGCGAGGGCGGAGCCCAAGGAUGCCAAGGCGCAGGGCGGCGCCAAGCUGUCCAAAGGCGAGAUGGAGGCGCAGGUGUUGCAGUACAUGGUGCAGCAGAACCGCCCGUACAACGCCCAGAACGUCUUCGACAACCUGCACGGCGCGGUGCCGAAGGGCCAGGUGCAGGCCUCUCUGGAGGCGCUGGUGCUCUCCGGGGGGCUCGUGGCCAAGGAGUACGGGAAGUUCAAGUACUACCUGGCCAAACAGGCCCCGGUCCAGGAGGGCGACGCGCAGGAAGACACCGCUGCCCUGCAGGCGGAGAUCGACUCGAGGGCGCCGGGCCUGAAGGAGCUGCGGAGCCUGGUGGCCGACGCAAGGAAGCAGGCCGGGGAGCUGCGCGGCGCCCGCGGCGCCCGCGAGGAGGCGGAGCAGGCCUGCCGCGAGGCCGCGGAGCUGGCGCAGCGGGCGGCCGAGCUGCAGAAGGCCCCGGAGGGCGGCGGCGAGGUGGAGCAGGUCGACCCGCGGGAGGCCGAGCGCCUGGAGGCAGAGCUGCGGGGCGCCCUCGCGGCGUGGCGCCAGCGGCGGCGGCUGUGCCUGGACGCGCUCGGCGCGCUCAGCGAGGGCAUGGGCGUCAAGCUCUCGAAGCUCGUCGAGAGGUACGGCGUCGACACCGACGAGGAGCUGCGGCUUAUGCGGUUCACCUUGCCGCAGCCCACGCGCUGGCCCGACAUGUGGGAGGCAUGGCGGUCCCUCGUUGGACGACUCGAUCAGUUGGGCGAGGACGACCUCGACCACCUGAUGCACGACCUGGAGAAGUGCGCCGAGCGCGCUGCUGGCCAGGCCUCCUACCGCAGCGCGCGAGCCGAGAGCCUCCCCAAGGCCGACAGCAAGGCCCAGGACAAACAGCAGGCCGAGGCGGAGGCAAGCCUGAAGGAGCUGGCGGAGACUUCGGCGGCGCCCGAGGCCGAGGCCGAGGAGGAGGAGGAAGAGCUGGGCAAGGAGCCGGAGCCCGAGGUGCUCGCGAAGCCGAAGAGGAGGGCCAAGGCCGCCAAGGAGGCCUCGCCGGCUGCGGCCGAGGGCGAGGGCGAGGAGGGCAAGAAGCCGAAGAAGGCCAAGGCCGCGAAGGCGACGACGGCCCCCAAGAAGCAGAAGAAGGCCGCCCCGAAGGCCGACGGCGGGGCGGAAGACAAGCAGCAGACCGAGGCGAAGGGGAGCCUCGAGGAAGCGGCGGAGGCCGCCCUGCCUGUGGCCGAGAGCGAGGAGGGGGGGAAGGGCGGGCCCAAGAAGGCCAAGGCCAAGGCCAAGGCGAAGGCUCCCGCGCGCUGCAAGAAGGAGAAGAAGGCCUCGCCCAAGGCCGACAAAGCCGCCUAGGCCUGCGCUGUGGCGCGAAAGGGGGGCCCGCCCAGAGGGCGCACACUGUCGGACGGCGCCGGCUGCGGGGCAGCGGGCGCCUCAUUGGGAGGCCACGGACCCUGUGGGUUGAAGGAGGGCCUCGACGAGCUGUGCGAGGCCUCGCCUUCGAGGGUCCAGGCCGAGUCUGAGCGUUGCUUCUCCCUUGGCGCCCUCCUCCGACGCCUCCGUUCCGCGAGGCCGCCGGCGCGGCCUCGCUCCCAAGCGCAGGAGGGGGUUCGCUGGGGCGGCGGCCCCCUCGCUCGCGCGGACCCGGCCAGCUUGCUCGCCUCGGGGAGGGGGCG